AUGGUCCAAGAAGAGCUACAAAUAACCAAUGAGGAGAUGAAGGUCAUUGUAAAGCGCACAUACAAGAGACGGUGGCUCCUUCAACACCCAGAUCAUAACAGCAGAGACGGUUACUACCCAUUUUCAAGAGAAGACCAGAUGUUAACUAUAGUAACAUUUGGUCUUUUGUUGGCUGUGGCCCAUGCCCAGUCACCAUGGCAAAUGGGACCUCAAAGAAAUCCCUUUAUGAUGGGAGGAGGAGCAGGAGCAGGAGCAGGAGGAAGUAUGGGUAUGCCGGGUAUGCCAGGAAUGCCGGGAAUGCAAGGAAUGCAGGGUUUGCCAGGAAUGCAAAGAAUGCAGGGUAUGCCAGGGAUGCAGGGAGGUCAGGGCAUGCCAAUCAUGCCAGGCAUGCAGGGAGGUCAGGGCAUGCCGAGGUCAAUGUCUUCGGGUUCAUCAUUACAAACAAAUCAAGGUCUGUCAAACGCAGGCAGAAGCUCGAGCUCCACCACUAGCUCCACCUCAAGCUCCAGUUCCACUUCAUCUGGACGUCAGCAGCCCUCUUCACAGCAAAUGCCAACACAAAUGAUGCCACAAGUGUCAGGCUGGCAAGGUAACUCCAUGUUUGGGGCACAGCAGAAUCCGUUUAUGGGCGGUCAAUCUCCAUGGGGAGGAAGUGGAUCACCUUUUGGAAGCGGAUCACCUUUUGGAGGAAGCAGAUCACCUUUUGGAGGAAGCGGAUCACCUUUUGGAGGAAGCGGCCAAGGCAGCUCAAUGGGCUGGGGACAGAUGCAGGGUGGUUUCUCGGGACAAGGACAAGGACAAGGACAAGGAAUGGGUGGUAAUCCAUGGCAACAGGGCCAAGGUCGGUCAAUGAGCAAUCCGUGGCAACAGAUGAGCAACCCAUGGCAGUCAUCCAGUACUCAAAUGAACCCGUGGCAAUCAAUGGGUCGACAAAUGAACAGCAACCCAUGGCAACAAGGUGGUACAGGAAGUCGAAGAUCUUUUGGAAAUGGACAAUCAUCAAUGUUUCAACCCCAGGGACCUUCAAGGAUGGGUGGAAUGUUCGGCCGAAACAGCAAUCAAGGGUUUGGCGGUAUGAAUAGUUUUGGAAGAGGAAUGUUUCCAGGCAUGAAUUCGAUGGGAGGAGGAGGAGGAGGAAGCAGCUUCUUUGGUGGUCGUGGAUAA